AGGACUCAGAGACGGAGGAGAGCCGGGAGAGAAGCGGAGGAGGACCGGGACAGAGCAGCCGAGAGCCGGGACAAAGCAGCGGACCUCCGGGAGUAGAGCAUUGGCGGACAGGCAGCGAAGCACCGGGCAGAGGGAGGGAAGUGUCCGGCUGACCGGGUGCAGAGCGCCCGGACUCAGGAGGCAGGGGUCCGGCUGACAGGGAGCGGAGCUCCGGGAAAGAGGGAGGGGAGCCCGGGGAGACAGGCAGAGGAGCCCCGGCUGAUCCCCCCCAACAUGAGCAGCCCCCCCGCGAUGCUUCCCUCUCGUUCCAGCGUUUAGCCCGGGACCGUGAGACCUCAGCCGCCACUCGGAUGCUCUCUGCCUCCCUGGAGGUAUUUUAGCAGUUUUUUCUCAAAGUUUCUGACCACCAUGAUCCCCGAGUGUCCCCGCAGCGGGGAGCCGCGGAGCCGGACCCGCUUCCAGCGCAGCCCGGCGGCGGAUCCCGGCCAGACCCGGUCAGCCCGGGGACCCGGAGGACUGCUGUCCGAAAUCCAGACCCCGAUCCGGACCGAACCGUUCACCGACCACUACACCAUCAUCCCCGGCAGGGAGCUCGGCAGGGGGAAGUUCGCCGUGGUCAGGAAGUGCGUGGAGAAGCUGACGGGCCACGAGUUCGCCGCCAAGUUCAUGAGGAAGCGGCGGAAAGGGCAGGACUGCCGGACGGAGAUCAUCCACGAGAUCGCCGUGCUGGAGCUGGCCACGGCCAGCGCCCGGGUGGUCAACCUGCACCGGGUCUACGAGAUGGCGUCCGAGAUGGUGCUGGUCCUGGAGUUCGCCGCCGGAGGAGAGAUCUUCAACCAGUGUGUGUCGGAGCGGGACGACGAGGCCUUCACCGAGGAGGACGUGAAGAGGCUCAUGAGGCAGAUCCUGGAGGGGGUCACCUUCCUGCACCGCCACAACGUGGUCCACCUGGACCUCAAGCCUCAGAACAUCCUGCUGACCAGCAGCUCGCCGCUGGGCGACAUCAAGAUCGUGGACUUCGGCCUGUCCAGGAUGGUGAGCAGCCACCAGGAGCUCCGGGAGAUCAUGGGGACCCCGGAGUACGUGGCUCCAGAGAUCCUGAACUACGAGCCCAUCAGCACGGCGACCGACAUGUGGAGCAUCGGCGUGUUGGCCUACGUCAUGCUGACCGGCGUCUCACCCUUCCUGGGCGACGACAAGCAGGAGACCUUCCUGAACAUCUCGCAGCUCAACGUGAGCUACGGCGAGGAGGAGCUGGACCGCGCCGCCGUCGCCUUCAUCCAGACGCUGCUGCGCAAACAGCCACACGAGCGUGCCACAGCGGAGCAGUGUCUGCAACACGCCUGGCUUCAGCCGUCCCUGCAGGAGGAGCAGGAGGAAGAGCAGGAGGAGGAGGAGGAGGAGGAGGAGGAGGAGGAGGCGUCCAGCAGCAGCAGCCCCGAAUCUCCCAGCAGCACCGGCACUCCGGAGCAGGAGGACGAGGAGCAGGGCGGGGCGGGGAGCCUGGUGACGGAGGAGCUGAUCGUCAUGGCGACCUACGCUCUGGGUCAGUGCCGCUCCUCCUCCGAGAAGGAGGCGCUGGCGGCCGAGCAGAAGGCCGUCUCCAAACGCUUCAAGUUCGAGGAGCCGUUCAGCUCCCUGCAGGAGGUCCCCGGAGAGUUCAUCUACUGACACACACACACACACACACACACACACACACACACACACACACACCACACACACACACACACACACACACACACACACACAGCUAGUGUCACAAUAAGAAGAAUAAACUCCUCCGUAACAAGCUCUUAGUGUUGAUUCACACUCUGUGGAACUCUCCGGAUCCUUUAUUUAUGAGCAGAUAGAUCAUUCACACACACACACACACACACACACACACACACACACACACACACACACACACACACACACACCCCGCUCUGCUCUGGUUGAGUUUAGUGUGCGAGUUAAAGCUCAUUCUGCAGAUUUUUUUUGUAUUUUUAGCUCUGAGUCGAUUCUUUCUGCCCUGUUUGUGAAGGAAGUGCUGCGCCGCGUCGCCCCCUGCUGGAGGCGUCGCUCCUCGCCGCGUCGCCCCCUGCUGGAGGCGUCACGUCUCGCGCUCUAGUCUUUCUCCUUUCGCCCCACGUGUUCAAGUCAAAACGCUAAACUUCGCUUGCGUUCCGGGUGUCCGCUCACAUGACGACGGGGCUCGGAGCCACCCAAGAAGGAACUUUUGUUACUCCGUCUCCAUGGAAGCGGAGGGAAAUGCAACGUUUGAAGAAAAAAAAGUAACAACACGUGAAACAUCUCAGAAACGAAGCAUUUUCUCUUGAAGCGUGUUCACAGUCCAUGUGCUCGGCGGAUCGCGGGGGGAUUUCCUGCAUUGAUUACUAAUCAUCUCCGGCUCGCUCUGCGUUCUGUUUGUUUUUCUUUGAACGAUCGAUCCGGCGUCGAUCCUUCUCUGGUCCCUCAGAUCCAAACCCUCACAGACAGAAAGAUCCAGAUGUUUCCUGAACUGAAAACAUUUCAGCUUUUCAUUCUUUUCUCUCUGUUUUAAAUUUAACCUGUUAUGGUUGUUUUUUUAUUUGGUGGAUUUCUGAUCCGUUUGGUGGCCGCUGUAGAUUCUCGCUUUAUUUUAACAAGAAAAGUAUUUUAAAGAAGUUUCCCAUAUAUAUAUAUAUAUAUUUUUUUUUUUUUCUGUAAGAAAUGAUGAAAACAAAUAAAUUCAGGUGGAAAAGAAAAUUCUUCUGGGAAAAUUCACAUUUUCAGGUACUAAAAGUAACCGAGUUUCGGGGAUCUUGGACUCAGCAGCAACAGAGGAUGCUGGUGUCAAACUACAACCACCUGGUGCUGCAGAUCUAGCUUUGACCAAUCAGAAGGAAGUGAAGUGAGCCGUUCUGCAUCCCUCCAGCUGAUCCUCCUUCCCUUCAGCUGUGAACCGUCUCCUCUGUGAAGCAGUGAUGUGAGGAGUCCAUGACUGAAUCUCCCCAGAGUGGCGCCACCCAGUGGUGGGAGCUGGGAAGAUAUUCCAGAUUACUGAGCCUCAUCUGAGCCUGAUUCGUUGUCUCGCUGCCACAUUCAGCUCGU